AUGGGCCCUAAGAAGAAAGCCGACGCCCGUGGAGGAGGUCCCAAACCGGGCACCAAGCAAGCCAAAGCCGCCGCAGAGAAAACGGCGGCUGAAGCUGCAAAGAAAGCGCAGCCUCCACCAGAUGAGCAGAAGAAACCCUCUGUUAAGCAGGUUAUCGGUGGCGCAUCAUGGACCGGUAAACUACCGGUCAAUAUGAUCGCAGAGCAUUGUCAGAAGCAGAAGUGGGAGAAGCCCGAGUAUACAAUGACAAAAACACCAGAAGGUUAUAUGUCAGCGGUUAUAUUGAAACGUGUCGACCCCAAGACUCGCGAAGCAACUACCCUUCCUCCUAUGAAGCCUCCUCCGUCACACAAGCAUUUGGCUGCGCAACCUACGGCACUGGAAGCUCGUCACUUUGCUGCUGCGUUCGCUCUGUACCGGGUCUGCAACAUGAGGAAUAUUCAUAUGAUGCUUCCGCCGACCUAUAAGAAGCUCUGGAAAGAGGAUUUUGCUGAUAUCAAGACUGCCGAUACCAAAGAAGGCAAAGGGUGGAUGUACGAAGCAGACCCAUUUUUGGCUAAACAGGAGCGUGAAAGUGCCGCGGCCGAUUUGGAGAAAAAACGGAAAGAGCGAGAAAAAAAUCAGGCUAAGGCGAAGGAUCAAGCGGCGGUUGAAUUGGGCCUGGGGUCCAGCGGUGAUAAUAGAGGGAAAAGGAUCUGGUCGAACGCCCCGAAAGUGGAUCUGGGGAGUAAAGUGCGCAGAGAAAUUGAGAAUCUCUUGCAACAACAUGCGAUUUGGAAUCCUUAUAACGUGAAAAUUCCGGAAUCCGAGCGUAACUCCAUAAUCGAGGAGUUCACUCGCUUGGGCUUCCGGCGCAGCCAUGUAGAUGAGGCGAGUUCUGCAUGCAAAGACAGAGAAGAGGUGCUUGAGUGGCUUCUGAUCUAUGUUCCAGAGGAUGAUCUUCCAUCUUGGUGUCUACCUGAGUCAUACUCUGCUGGCGUGAGUCUAGCGAGUGAUGAUCUUGCAAGAGAGGCGAAGAUCAAGCGGCUGGCCACCAUUGGCUAUUCUGCGGACCUUUGCUCGCGGGCCCUGGACAGCAAGCAAGGUGAUGAGCUUGCAACUGCUGAAAUGUUACAAAACACAUUAGUGCAUGGAACGACUUCUUUUGCAGGCUCUAUAUCUGAUGAAGGUGAUGAUUCCUGGGCCGAAGAACAGGAGACUCUCGAAGCUAUCUUCGGGGAGCGUUAUAGUAAGGUAUCGCCUAAGGUGUGUGCGAUCAAGAGCGAGUCCUCAGACUUGCCCGAGUCAACUACAUUCCGCUUCCAAAGGCCCUCAAAUCAUUAUCCAUCCUCAGUGCCGAUUAUUUCGAUACAAGCGAAAGGAAUCCCUUCUUAUAUACGACUUAGCGCGAUCCGUCAAGCAGUGAAACAUGCAGAGGAAAGCUUUUUGGGAGAGCCAAUGGUAUACAACUUGCUUGACUGGCUAGAGAUGCAUCUUCCGGAGGUCAUGCAAAAUCCGGGCAAGUUGCGAGAUAUUGCAACGGUCGCCGCAACAUCAUCUACCACUGGAGGUAACUUAGAACUUCCUGUGCGCCAAUCUCGCAAGAAGAAUAAGGAGAUUAGCUGGCAACCGGGCUCGCCUCAGAGUAUAUCUGUUCGAGAGGCCUGGCAGGCUAGACAGUCUACGCCGGCCCAACAGGACAUGACUCGAAAGCGAGAAUCACUUCCCGCUUGGAACAUUCAAGAUGCUAUCGUACGUGCAGUGAAUUCACAUCAGGUUACUAUCAUCUCUGGUGAGACAGGUAGCGGUAAAAGUACCCAGUCCGUUCAGUUCAUAUUGGAUGAUAUGAUUAGGCGAGACCUUGGUGGCAUUGCGAACAUUAUCUGUACGCAGCCACGUAGGAUCUCUGCUUUAGGUCUUGCGGAUCGUGUGAGCGAUGAGCGAUGCACCUCUGUAGGAGAGGAGGUUGGAUAUAUCAUUCGAGGUGACUCCAAGGUCAAAUCUGGGGCGACGAAGAUCACUUUUGUCACAACUGGUGUUUUGCUUCGUCGUAUACAGUCUGGAAGCGGUGCGGAUGGGAAUGUUGCAGGAUCCCUCGCAGAUGUCACACAUAUCGUAGUGGAUGAAGUUCAUGAACGGAGUCUUGAUACCGAUUUUCUGCUCGCCCUCCUACGGGAUGUUCUUCGGUACCGCAAAGAUAUUAAGGUCAUACUGAUGAGUGCAACGCUUGACGCAGAAAUCUUCACCAACUACUUUGGUGGCCGCCAAAAUGUUGGACUGGUGAAUAUUCCUGGGCGGACUUUUCCUGUGUCUGACUUUUACCUGGACGACAUCAUCCGUGACACGGGAUUUUCACCUGAGUUGGCUGAGCGGGACUUUGAGGAAGACUCUUCUCAGGGCGAAGAGUCACUUGGCAAGAUUCUUCGGAACAUGGGCAUGGGAAUCAAUUACGAGUUGAUCACGUCCACAGUCCGCUACAUUGACGCCCAGCUUGGAGAUCGACCUGGAGGGAUUCUCAUCUUCUUGCCCGGUACCAUGGAAAUUGAAAGGUGCCUUAACGCCGUGAAGAGAAUUCCUAAUGCCCAUCCACUUCCUCUGCAUGCAUCCCUUCUCCCAGCUGAGCAACGGCGUGUAUUCCUGAGUCCCCCGAAAGGAAAGAGAAAGGUUAUUGCAGCAACCAAUGUUGCUGAGACAUCAAUCACAAUCGAGGAUGUUGUCGCGGUUAUCGACACUGGCCGCGUCAAAGAAACGAGUUACGAUCCUAAAGACAACAUGGUCCGACUACAAGAAGUAUGGGCAUCACAAGCGGCAUGUAAGCAACGACGAGGACGUGCUGGUCGUGUUAGGGCUGGUGCAUGCUACAAGCUCUACACACGGCAGGCAGAGAAUAAAAUGGCACCUCGACCAGACCCAGAAAUCCGCCGGGUACCAUUGGAGCAAUUGUGCCUCUCCGUCAAGUCUAUGCAGGGCAUCAACGACGUCGCGACUUUCCUGGCGAAUACCAUCACUCCUCCUGAAAGCGUGGCCGUUGAAGGAGCCUUGGGCUUCCUUCAUCGUGUUGGAGCCCUGGACCAUGACAAAUUGACAGCCCUUGGACGAUACUUGUCGAUGAUCCCCGCCGACUUGCGAUGCGCCAAACUCAUGGUUUACGGUUCCAUCUUCAACUGUAUAGACCACUGCAUCACCAUCUCCGCAAUUCUAACAGUGAAGAGCCCCUUCGUCUCCCCCCGCGACAAGCGCGAGGAAGCAGACGCUGCCAAAUCAUCCUUCUCCCGCGGAGACGGCGACCUCCUCACCGAUCUCACAGCCUACCAACAAUGGUCAGAGCGCGUCAAGACCCAAGGAUACUGGCAGACGCAAUCAUGGUGCAGCGCCAACUUCCUCUCUCAUCAAACCCUCCGCGACAUCUCCUCCAACAAAGCCCAACUCCUCACCUCCCUCAAAGACGCCGGCCUCCUCCCAGUCGACUACUCCUCCGACCCCGCCGACCCGCGCUGGAACCGCAACGCAGGCAACCGAAGCCUCCUCCGAGCCCUAAUCGCCGGUGCCUUCCAACCCCAGAUCGCGCAGAUCUCCUUCCCGGACAAGAAGUUCAUGAGCUCCGUCACCGGAACCGUUGAAGUCGACCCAGACGCAAGAACGAUCAAAUACUUCAACCAGGAAAACGGCCGCGUCUUCAUCCACCCCAGCUCUCUCCUGUUCUCGGCCCAGAGCUACCCCGGUUCGGCAGCGUACCUAAGCUACUUCACCAAGAUGGCGACCAGCAAGGUCUUCAUUCGUGAUCUAACUCCGUUCAACGCCUACUCUCUCCUCCUCUUUUGCGGAUCCAUCGAUCUCGAUACGACGGGCCGGGGCCUUAUUGUUGACGGCUGGUUACGGCUCCGUGGGUGGGCGCGAAUCGGUGUGCUUGUUUCUCGCCUACGUAUGAUGGUGGAUGAGAUUAUUGCGGCGCGGAUUGAUAACCCUGCCUCUGGGCCUCUGUCUAUCGAAAAAGGGAGUGGUGAGAAGGAUGAUAUUGCGGGUCGGGUAAUUGAGGUUGUGAAGAGGUUGAUUGAAUUGAAUGGGUUGGAUCAAUAG